ACUAAAAGAAAGUGGGUAGUUAUGAAGGUGCCCAUCCACCAAUCUCACCACCGCGCCGCCCCGUAAUCUUUUCGUUUCAACAUUUGACGUUAGGUUGUGAUAUUUAGACAGCCUCCCGGUCUGCGCAGGCAAAGCGUAUCUUGUUCCCCGGGAAGCCUCCGGGCGCCUGAGAGUCUCGGAAUCAACAACCACAUCACCGUCCCCGUUCUCUACGAAUGACACACGGCAAGAAACAGCCUACAACAUCAUGGCCCGUGACGUUCGGCGGAAGGCCUUAGAGCGCAUCGCUGCCCUGGCAGCCUCGGACCCAGCGAGCACUUCAUUCGACAAGUCAGACUUGGAUAGACUAUGCAGAGUUGCCCCCAGCCAUAAACGAUCUUUUUCUGGCGUCAAUGGCCACAGUGCAGGAGGGCCCCCUUGGCCAGAAGCUGCCCGUAUUCCCAUGACUAUUCGCGAAUAUGAAGUUCUUAUUGCCCUUUGCAAGUCGGCGCCGGCUUUGCGCAGUGCCCAGAGCGCCCAGAAACUGGCCCGUCACCUUGUCCCGUAUCUGCUCGACUCCCAUGUUCAGGCCUUCGCCCAUUCCCCCUUUUUCCGCAAGAUCGAGCCGUCUCCUACCGAGUCACUGAGCUAUCACGUUACCGCGGCUUUACUGUCCCUCGGAAAUCGUCAUGCCGAUGUGCAGCAGACGGUGGCCGACAGCAUCUCUGCCUUUCUCAAUGCUUGUGCCCAUGCCACCGAGAGUGUUUCUCCAACUGACGACGACCCAGCCGCUUUGGAGGAUGCCACAAGAACAGCGACUAUUACCGUUGCCCUGCUGGGAUUCCUGGACGCUGCUUGCGCUCAAACAAGUUUCUGGAGGACCGGCAGCCGCCUCGGCCUUGUUUCUCGGUUGCGAGACCUCCUGUCGCAACCCUUUCUGGUCGCCGUAGAAACCGCCUUCUCCAUUAUACGGAACUUUCACUCACCAGAUCGCCAUGUCAAACAGUGGAGGCGAUGGACGCACCAUUACGAGGAUGCCGGCCGUCCAUUGGGGGCCAUGCUGCUGCAAAAGAGCUUCAUGAAGCUCCUAGUGGCGGCAACCUCUCUUUUGGUCGCUGAAGAGGAUGCUUUGCGGGAGACGCACAUUCUGGACAUCAUCAUGUCUGGCCGUGGCUUGCGCAGACCCCUUACGGCAAGGAGUUCCGAGGGAGACUUUCGUUCUGUGGAGCUGUAUGCAACCGUUGCCAUUGACCAAAUGAACUACCUGGAAUCCAGCGCAGAUUUUGACAGCCUUCUGCCCGCGAAACAGAAACUUGCGUUUGCUGUCAAGGCUUAUGCUCUGGUCAGCUACUUGAAUGCGUGCACCCUCAACGAGGAUGCCGCAGAUGGCGAGGUCCUCAUGGCGUGGCUAGAAGAAGCACUUGGCGACCCGUCCGGUAUGGCAAAUCAUGAAUUGGCGUCUGUGGUCCUCAAGUCCAUGGCUUUAUUGUGCAAGGUCUCUCCUUCAUACGCCAUCAAUGUCAGCCGCCUGCUUCCUCGAUUUAUCGUCCAGAGCGGCGCCAAAAGUCAUAUUGUGGUGGUGGCAUCAAAGUGCCUCGCCUUCGUCCUGCAAAUGCUUUCCAAGGACGCCGUUAUUACAACACUGUACACACUCGGCAACGUCUUGAGUCCCGGCAACGAGCGGGGACUUCCUGGCGGUCCCAAUGGAGAUGGCCAGGACUCUUCUCAAAUCUACGCUGGCAGACAGUCGACCGGCAGCUCCAUAUCCUUCCAGUUCUCUGGCGAAGAGGAGUCGGCCAUUGUUCAGGGUAACGUGGUUCAGGCAAUCUGCGAGAUUGCAAGCGCGUGUAAGGACGAAAAGAUUACCGGUCUCGCUCAGUCAAUGCUUGCACAAAAGAUCGUUAAGCUAAGCACUCCAGUCGAUGCGCGGAUCAUUACCGGUGCUGCCAGUCUGGCUCUCAGCGGGGGGCAAUCUGAGUUUCGCUACCUUUUGAAGAAAUACGCCAGCGUGGCGCAUGAUGCCGUCGUCGAGCACAGAGAGGCACUUUUACACUCUGUCAUGAAAGCUCGUAAUCAUAUUUCAGCCAACAUACGAGCAGACUCCCCGCUCUACGACACCUACCUAGAGCACUUGCUCGACGGCAUCAUCUCACAGGGAGACGCACAUACGCACCAGAACCACACAAGGGACUCUGAGUUGGAGUUGGCUGCGCGUGAAAUUGCCCAGCUGCUGCCUCCUCUGGCGACCUUUAUGUCAGCCAAUGACUUUUCCCUGAACGACGCCGCCGAUGAUGAUAGACGUUCCAUGCUUCGUGACGCAUGGUUCAAUAUCGUCGUCCAUGGCUUUACCGCGUCGACAGCCCGCGGAAAAGAAAGCAUGAAGUAUCUGAGGAUCAUGGCGAUACACUCCCCGCCUUUGGUGUUGGAGAACCGCGGGGAGGAGAACGAAAGCGAUAUUGACCUAAAUCCCAUUCUCCGCAGAGGGGAAAGUACGGACCGGGAGUCUCUGAUGAAGAAGCACCUUGCCGAAUUAGUCCCCUCACGGAGCAGCGAGAUCAAAGGAUUGAGCUAUCGCAAGACUGUUUUUCUUCACGCGGCUUUCUUGGUUGAGAGUUUGCGGGCAGAUGCUGGAGAUUGUACCAAAGCACUCUCGUACUUCCUCGAGCCCAGCAUGAGGCGAGGUGAUGUGAGCAGGACCAUGGAUGGUAUCAUGAACGCUGUCGUUGACCGCUACCUCGUCAAAACUAUCAACGCUACGAACCCCGCCUUCACUGCGCAAUAUGCAGCCACGCAGCUCGCCAAGAUCUUUUCCAGUUGCUGUCACCGAAUUGAACGGGUUCAGCAAGCUGCUUUUAGCUGCGCUGACCGCAUGAUUGAUGCGAUACCCUCAGCCUUGUGCCAACGAUCCUCGCUGUUUGCGCUACUCGAGCUCCUGACCCUGAUGUGGUCCAGUUGCCUGGAAGCCGAAAUUGAUCGGUACGAGCCUCGAACCACCUUCAAGUCGAACAAGGGGGACGUCGUUGUGGAGCUUUCGGACGACUACCAGUUCAGACAGCUUACUCUCCAGAACUUGUAUCAAAAGGCCAAACGGUGGUUGUCAAGUGCCAUCAGUAUUGCGCCAGCCGAUGUCAAAGGGUUGCUCCAGACCUACCUCUCCGAAUUUGAUGACGAUAGCGCUUUCGGUCACAUCUCACUUGGCAGAUCAUUUGCUGUUGAAGUUGGCUCGACCAUUCCAUCCACGGAUCAGAGACUUGGCUCGCUUGACAGGCUUGGGGACUGCCUCAUCAAUACCGCCUCUGAUUUUAUGGCACAAUACACUACGCGCCAGGAGUACCGAUACUCUGAGGCACUUCCUGACCAGAGCAUGGAAUGGAUGAGCCUCAUGAGAUCAGAUCGCAGGGCCUCAUACCUCCCAUCUCCUGGCAACGAAAGCGCAGAUGCGAACACGGCUCUUGCCCACAUUGAGAAGCGCGCGCUGAACCGCAAAAUUACAUCAGUGACAGACGUCCGCGAUAUCCUUCGCCGCGCGGCCGCCCUCCUCUGCCGGAGCAAUCGUGACGAAUGCUCCAUUGCACAUUAUCUUGUCAGCAUACCCUUUUCCAUGUUCACCAAGCAGUCCAUCAAACUCGGAAUCUCUCUUUGGCUGGGGGUCAUGAACGAAAACCCCCGAAUGGAGCCACGUAUCCUGGCCGAGAUUGUUCAGCAAUGGGAGUUCACCAUCCAGAAGAAGAUGGGCCUUUUCAGUCCAACAAUAGCUAGCCCAGAUCCGUUCUUCCAGAGGCAGGAAUUCGCCCCGAGUGACAGCGCCGCGAUGACGAAGCGCAAACAGACGGUUCACAACCUUCUAGCACCUCACUCAAGGCUAUUGCAGUUCCUCAGCAGUCAUUACAAUGCCACCCGUCUGGGUAACCCUGACACGAACCACAUGUUCCUCCGCCUCCUUGAUGUGACACUUGAGGCUGUCAAGCACUCAACACCACACCCAAUGGCAAGAGAAAUUCGGUUUCAGGUUGUCCUUCUUGGCCUUCGGGUACUCAAGACCAGCUCGACCAUGGGCGCGAUUGCACAAUAUCGUCUGAAGGAUCAGAUUCUGUCAGCGGGCUUGGGUUGGUUCGAAGCUCCACCGCGCUGGUCGUUUGGAAGCAACAUUCUCCAGCUCAAGACCGAAAUCUAUCUGAUCUCUGAUGUCCAGACUGCCCUGGCUGCCACCACGAAUAUUGGUGCACAAUCCGCUGGGAGCAUCAAGUCCCUUGCGGCCAAAGAAAAGCUCCUUGGACUGCUUUUGGACAGCGAGCUUUCUCGACUGAGCGUCUGGGUUCGCCCAAUUGACUCGUCACGACCUCCAUCAACCUUCCAUCACCACCACCAUCAUACCGGCAAAGAAAGUCCAUUUGAGGCUAGCAUUCACCCCUUGAUCCGAACAGCCUGGGCGGAGAGCCCAUCUCUAGCCGUACAUUUGGCAAGCAGGUUCCCGUAUCCACGUAUCCUUAAGGAGGUCCGCUGGCUUUUGCUGAACUUUCCCGCCAAGGCUAUCAAAGAACCCGAGGCACUGCCUAUUCUUAUCGAUGGUUCCCUUCCAGAGGACGUCACUUUCCAACUCAAGUACAUGUUGUUCUGGGCUCCUGUUAAUCCAAUCACUGCCGUGACGCUGUUUUUGCCAGCAUACAAGAAUCAUCCUUAUCUUAUUCAGUAUGCUAUGCGAGCAUUGGAAAGCCACUCAGUGGAUGUGACAUUCUUUUACGUCCCUCAGAUCGUACAGACUCUGCGCUACGAUGCCUUGGGCUAUGUCGAACGCUACAUCCUCGAAACCGCACAGUUUUCACAGCUCUUCGCCCAUCAGAUCAUUUGGAACAUGAAGGCCAAUGCUUACAAAGACGACGACUCGCAGAUCCCCGACGCCAUCAAACCGACGCUGGACAAAGUCAUGGGCCACAUGGUGGACAGCUUUUCGGACGAGGAUCGUGAGUUUUACGAGCGCGAGUUUUCCUUCUUUGACGAGGUAACCAGCAUCUCGGGGAAGCUCAAGCCGUUGAUCAAGAGAUCAAAGCCAGAGAAGAAGCAAAAGAUCGAAGAGGAACUGCGAAAGAUCAAGGUCGAAGUUGGGGUCUACCUUCCCAGCAAUCCUGAUGGCUCGGUCAUUGGUAUUGACCGUAAAUCCGGUAAACCGCUACAGAGCCACGCCAAAGCACCCUUCAUGGCGACCUUCCGUAUCAAAAAGAAGAAGCCCGAGCUUGAUGAGGCCGAGGAGCUGCUCGCGGAACCGGUACAAGAGAACCAAAGUGCCGAUCACGACAACACAAUUGAGGUUUGGCAGUCAGCCAUCUUCAAGGUUGGCGAUGAUUGUCGGCAGGACGUGCUCGCCCUGCAGAUGAUCGCUGCUUUCCGAGGCAUUUUCCACAGUGUUGGCCUGGACGUCUACGUGUUUCCCUACCGCGUCACGGCGACAGCGCCAGGCUGCGGCGUCAUUGACGUUCUUCCCAACUCCAUCUCACGCGACAUGCUGGGCCGUGAAGCCGUCAAUGGUCUCUACGAUUACUUCAUCUCCAAGUAUGGCAACGAGGAUUCGCUUCGGUUCCAGCAGGCACGCAACAACUUUGUGAAGAGUAUGGCUGCCUACUCGGUCAUCUCGUUUCUGUUGCAGUUCAAGGACCGCCACAAUGGCAAUAUCAUGAUUGAUGACGCCGGCCACAUCCUCCACAUCGAUUUCGGCUUCUGCUUUGACAUCGCGCCGGGCGGUAUCAAGUUUGAGCGCGCGCCCUUCAAGCUGACGUCCGAGAUGCUUGCCGUGAUGGGCGGUGGUGCAGAUACACAAUCCUUCAAGUGGUUCGAAGAACUGUGUGUCAAGGCAUUUUUGGCGUCUCGGCAGUACACGGAGAAGCUCUCGCAGAUUGUGCUACUCAUGAUGGACAGCGGGCUACCUUGCUUCAAACCGGAGAGCGUCAAGCACUUCAAGGAGCGUUUUGUGUUGGACAAGACCGAACGUGAGGCCGCCGAGUUUAUGAAGGGCCUGAUUAAGAAGAGCUACGGCAGCUACUCGACCGGCAUAUAUGACCAGUUCCAGCUGUUGACGAACGGCAUCCCAUACUAAUUUUGUGUUUUUGGCAUCAUAUAGCUGCGUUUUUUUAUUGUUUAUGGGGGGUUCUGGAUGUGUUGGUGGAAUAGAAUAGCUUCGGAGAUGAUCUAAUAGCCUUGUUGCAUUUUACGUAUGGAUACCAUUGACAGAGAUAAUAAAGUGUGGCAUUCUGAUUCGUUUAAACACGAGGACUUUAUC